UCUACAGAUUACUGCAUUUUGAUGUUUACAAAUUUAAUUUAUCAAGUUGAUGAAAAGUGGUGCAACAUUUUAAGUAUAUUACUAACUCGUGAAUGCUAUCCGAAUUUUUAGUUCCACGUUCACAGCUGCUCAUUUCAACGAAGACAUAACCGAAAAAAACAAUGUCGCAGAAAUCAUUGAUAGAUUUUGUCGUGAAAUAUCACAAACCACGUUUGCUCAACAAUCUCGUAUUUUUCCCGAGCAAUGGCAAUUCAUAUUUUGGACGAAGAUUCGUCGUGCCUGCAGGUGCAUCAUCUACUUCAACACCAAAGAUUCAAUCGCCGAGGCACUUUGGCACUACCGCGGCAAAAUUUAACGAAGUCGCUCCGGAACGAAAAAAAUUUGACGGCAAAUUUAAACUCAUGUUCACGUGCAAAAAAUGUAAUACACGCAAUACAAAAUUUAUAUCAAAACUAGCGUAUUAUAAGGGUGUAGUUAUUGUUAUUUGCGACGGGUGUGCCAACAAGCACCUGAUUGCAGACAAUUUGAAUUGGUUCACUGAUAUGAAUGGAAAGAAAAAUAUCGAAGACAUCAUGGCUGAGAAAGGCGAAACUGUACAGAAAAUAAUGUCUGAAGAUCUUGAAUUUAUCGCUACUGAGAUGUUGAAGAACACGGAUAAAUCUGAAACAGAAAUGUUGCAGCUGAAAGAUUAAUCACAAACUUUUUUUUUAAGUAGACCGUUAUUGUUACAUUAAUUGAAGAUAUUGUUUUCAUUCUAGUUUCUUUGAUUAUAAAAUGUAUGUUAGUUUAUUUAAUUUAGCUGGACUAUAAUUUCUUAAUUUAGGUGCAUCUAUGAAUCUUGAAUAUUUUGCUGUAAUAAAUCCUUUUUAUUGUAUUAUAAUUUAUAUGACUUUGAGGAAAUAUACUUACUAGUUCAUAAUCUCUAAAAUAUUACAGUAAGUUUUAUCCUCAUGUAUCAAAUUCAUACAAAUAAUUUGCAUGGUCAGUUGUAUCAAUUAUAUUAUAGUUGUAUCAGUAUUAUAUGGAUAACAUUUAAAUGCUUAUGUAAACUACAAUGCUAUCAACACUUUUAUGCUUAACAGCAUUUUGAUUACUUACAUGUCUUGUCUAAUUCUAUAAUCAUACAAAGAAAUGAUUGUUUGUAAGAAAACAACAAUAGUCGAAAUAAGAAAAUUAUUUAAAGUUAAUAAGAGGACAAGUAAAAUUAUAGUUACUCAGAGUAACUACAUCACAAAAAAUUCCAAUAAAUAAUUGUAUGGUGGUUGGUAGAGUAGAAUAUACUUUUAAGUAAUGUAUAUCUAAAAGAGUAUAAAAUGAUUUUGAGCAGU